UCUCGACACCCAGAGUCCUGAGAGGUGAUGCUCAAGAGACGCCCCAAGGGCCCGAAGGCAGCCAGACGCCCUCCCAGCCAUGGUGGCCCUAUACCUUUGUGGUCCUCCGUUGCUGCCCCAAGAUCAAGACCCCGUGGUCCCUUUCCCCGACACCUUCGCGGUGGUCGAAGUUCUCUCUUCCUCUGUCCCUUCCCCCGUCCCAGUUCCGCUGGAUGCUACGAAGUGGGACUUGGAUUCGAAGUUCUCGCCCAGUCCUCUAGCGCCCCCUGCUGGAACGCGGCCGGCCCAUCUCCCGCGAACGAGCCGACCGAAUCCAGAUCGCUGACCGUCUGGCGGUCGGUUCUCAUAACCCUCUUAGGCCCACUGUCCUGGGGGUCAGGGCUGUCCUCAGACACCCCUCCCAGCCCUUGGCUCGUUCCCUUGACGGAUGGAGACAUUGGGGGCUGCAGCACGGGGACUAGUGAGGACAGCGUGGGGACUGUCCCCAGACCCGGCUUUACGUGGCGGGACGCUCGAGUGGGCACUUUUGGAGAGAGGCAGGGCCCUGUGCGCUUGGGAGCAGGUCACUGCGGCGCGCUCGGGAGCAGGGUGUUUAGGACCCAGGGGCGGUCCGGGGCGGCCCUCUGGGCAGCGGGAGAUCCUCCCCCACCUUCCCUGCCGCCGGGUGAGCGGCUCAGAUGUCCGAGUAGCAGUAGCGGCGGCUCUGGCGCUCCGCAUUUCUGUCUGAGGAGGCGGGGGCUGGCGGCCCUGGCCCCUGCCCGGCCCCCUCCCCUAACCCCAUGCCUCAGCUCUAACCCCACCGCCCUCCCCCGCGGGGGGCAUUUCCCCGGUCCCCGGCGGUCCGUCCAGUCCCGUCCAAGUCAGGAGCCAUGAAUGACCAGUACCACCGGGCGGCUCGGGAUGGCUACCUGGAACUCCUCAAGGAGGCCACCAGGAAGGAGCUGAACGCCCCCGACGAGGAUGGCAUGACCCCCACCCUCUGGGCUGCAUACCACGGCAAUCUGGAGUCCCUGCGGCUCAUCGUGAGCCGAGGGGGUGACCCGGACAAGUGUGACAUCUGGGGCAAUACGCCCCUGCACCUGGCAGCCUCCAAUGGCCACCUGCACUGCCUCUCCUUCCUGGUGUCCUUCGGGGCCAACAUCUGGUGCCUGGACAACGACUACCACACGCCACUGGACAUGGGCGCCAUGAAGGGCCACAUGGAGUGCGUGCGCUACCUGGACUCCAUCGCCGCCAAGCAGAGCAGCCUCAACCCCAAGCUGGUGGGCAAGCUGAAGGACAAGGCCUUCCGCGAGGCGGAGCGGCGCAUCCGCGAGUGCGCCAAGAUGCAGCGCAAGCACCACGAGCGCAUGGAGCGGCGCUACCGGCGCGAGCUGGCCGAGCGCUCGGACACGCUCAGCUUCUCCAGCCUCACGUCCAGCACCCUGAGCCGCCGGCUGCAGCACCUGGCGCUGGGCAGCCACGUGCCCUACUCGCAGGCCACGCUGCACGGCACCGCCAAGGGCAAGACCAAGAUCCAGCGGAAGCUGGAGCGGCGCAAGCAGGGCGGCGAGGGCACCUUCAAGAUCUCCGAGGACGGCCGCAAGAGCGUGCGCUCGCUCUCGGGCCUGCAGCUGGGCAGCGACGUGAUGUUCGUGCGCCAGGGCACCUACGCCAACCCCAAGGAGUGGGGCCGCGCCCCGCUCCGGGACAUGUUCCUCUCCGAUGAGGACAGCGUCUCCCGUGCCACACUGGCGGCCGAGCCUGCGCACUCGGAGGUCAGCACCGACUCAGGCCACGACUCCCUGUUUACCCGCCCGGGCCUGGGCACCAUGGUGUUCCGCAGGAACUACCUGAGCAGCGGGCUGCACGGGCUGGGCCGCGAGGACGCGGCGCUGGACGGCGGGGGCACGCCGCGGGCUCGGCUGCAGAGCUCCCCCAGCCUGGACGACGACAGCCUGGGCAGUGCCAACAGCCUGCAGGAUCGCAGCUGUGGGGAGGAGCUGCCCUGGGACGAGCUGGACUUGGGCCUGGAUGAGGACCUGGAGCCCGAGACGAGCCCGCUGGAGACCUUCCUGGCCUCCCUGCACAUGGAGGACUUCACCCCCCUCCUGCGGCAGGAGAAGAUCGACCUCGAGGCGCUCAUGCUGUGCUCCGACCUCGACCUCCGCAGCAUCAGCGUCCCCCUGGGGCCCCGCAAGAAGAUCAUGGGGGCCGUGCGGAGGCGGAGGCAGACGCUGGAGCGCCCGCCGGCCCUGGAGGACACGGAGUUAUAAUGGGGGGCUCCUCUCCCCAGAUCAAAAUGAGGUGCAAGUUGCCACAAUCCACGGUGGGGCCACGAGGUCCUCGUACUUGCCAGCCCUGCGGCUCCCCGGCCCCUCCCCAGGAGCAAGGGUCGUGCGGGCCAUUUCCCUUGAAAGUCUCUCCCUUCUCUGCCACAGAGGAUGUGGCCUGGAGGCAGCUGGAAGGCCAAGAGAGUGAUCCAGAACAUCGAUCCCGAGGGGUCCCGGGGCCCCCGAGCCACCCCUCCAUGAGCGGCUCUAAAGGACAUAGGCAUUCAUGGAAGGCCAGCCUCAAGUGCAAGGGCCGGGCCGCUAGAUGAUGCGCCCAUUAGAACUGGGUGGGAGCGGGGGUGGGGUGGGCCUGUCCCAGGGGCACUAUCUCUCCCCACCCCUCCUCUGAGGGUCCUGCUGUCCUGCUCAGGCUGGAGACUCCUCACCUCCUAUGCUGUCCUGAAGGGAAGAGUUUGGGCUGCCUCCCCCCACCCCCUGCCUGCCACCCCACAGAGAAGGGUCCCAGCCAGACUCUUCAGCCAAAUGCCUUCCCUUUAGUCCCCGCCCCCGCCCCAGCACGGCCAGCCCCCUUCUCUCCUUCCACUGGCCAUGCUGGGGAGUUGUAGUGCCAGGCUGACCUGGGCUGGAGGUGACUUACCCCAGGGCGGGGCAUGGCCCGACUCUGCCCUCCUCACCCUGUCUUUCUCCACUCUCUCAUCUGGGAUAUGCAGCCUGGUCACCCCCCUCCCAAGGACCCCAGAGUGUCAGAGAAUAGAUCCGAGGUGCUAGAGCAACCCACGGCAGUAUUAUAGCCCCGAGGCUAGCUGGGCAUGCUCUGGGCUGGGAACAGUCUUCUGCUGCCUGGCUCAGAGUCUCCCAGGCCCGAGACAGGCAGAGACUGGUUGUGGCUGGGUGUCCAGCUGGGUGUGCAGCCUCGGGUGGGCAAGUCCUGCCAUGUGGACAUGGGGAGUCUGAGAAUGUGGACAAUCUAAAUGGCUGAUUGUCCCCGGGGUCCCCAGGGCUCUGUGUUCGGUUAUUUGGUGGAUGGCACUGGAGGUCUGGGAGCAGCUGGGUGGCUGCCUGGUUCUGCAUGGACAGUGGCAAAAGAGAGAGCACAGCAUGGGUCUCUGCUCUGUGAUGCUGGUGAUGCCAGGGGAAAGGCCAGCCUCAGAGGGUCCUCAGACUGGGUCACAGAUGUGGGAGAGCCUCUCAGGAGCCCACACAUUGUUUGCACAUAGGCACCCCUGGCAAAUGUGCCCCCAGCAAUGGUCCUCCUAUCUCUGACCUUCAGCUUGGGAAGCAGCUCCUACUGGGAGCAUUGCCACAGCCCCCAGCUCCUUCCUGGGCCCCCCUUGUCUGGCACAGGGGAAAGAAGCCCCCCAAAGAGUGCCACAGACCUCCCUCUGGUGUGUCUGUGUUUGGGUGUGUGCACACAGGGGCACAGAGGCUCAGAGCUGGGCGCGGGAUGGAGGGGGUCCCUGUUCCCACACUGAAGGCUUGGGUGCCUGCCACUGCCACCCUGAACCCACCUCAGUCCUUCUACCCAUCCUCUGGGCCUGGGGCCACCCCCAAGUGCCGAUUCGACUUUCCCAGGGCCCCAGGCGCUGCCCUUUCUCUCCUGUUCCCUGGCCUUGUACUGCCCCAGCCCCCCUCCGGGUUCUCUCAGUGCUGGGCUGGGCAGACUCCCUGAUUCCCCCACUGUGCAGCAGGCUCAUUAUAAUUUUUG